AUGGGCUUCUUGGCCGCCAGUCUCAGAAAGUCUUCUCGACUCUGCCGUCCUCCUUUUUCAAUACCUCUCUGUUUUUCUUUAUCAAACCAGCUUUUCUUACUACCCUACUCAUCCCCUAUUGGAACACACCUUCAUCGCUUUAUUUGCUCCGAUGCUGACCCUGAAACCCUAAUCCCACCGCCCCAAUCCCCAAAUCCUAAAACCCCAACCCCUCUACAAAUGCAAUUCGAAUCGUGGAUCCACAUGCUCAAACCCGGUUUCUCACCCUCCGAUGUCGACGAGGCUUUGCGAGCUCAAUCGGACCCCGAUCUUGCCCUCGACAUUUUUCGGUGGACAGGUCAACAGCGCGGCUACAGGCACAACCAUGUCACCUAUCUCACUAUGAUAAAAAUUGCUGUCUCCGGUAAGCGCUUCAGGCAUGCCGAAACCCUAAUUGAGGAAGUCAUUGCCGGUGCAUGCUCUGUCAGUGUGCCCCUCUACAAUUCUAUUAUUCGAUUUUGUUGCGGUCGUAAAUUUCUUUUUAAUCGUGCGUUCGAUGUUUACAAGAAAAUGUUGAAUUCCGAGGAUUGUAAGCCCUCUUUGGAAACCUACACAUUGUUGUUGAAUGCCCUUCUUAGGAAAUUCAACAAAUUGACUGUAUGCUAUGUUUAUUUGCAUGCUGUCCGUUCAUUAACCAAACAAAUGAAGGUGUCAGGCGUAAUACCAGAUACAUUUGCUUUGAAUAUGAUUAUUAAAGCAUACUCCAAGUGUCUUGAAGUUGAUGAAGCAAUUAGGGUUUUUCGUGAAAUGGGUUUGUAUGGUUGCGAGCCAAAUGCCUAUACUUAUGGCUAUAUUGCCAAUGGGUUGUGUGAAAAGGGGAGGGUGAGUCAGGGUUUGGGGUUUUAUAGGGAAAUGAGGAGUAAAGAUUUGGUGCCUAGUAGUAGUACCUACGUGAUUCUGAUUUGUAGUCUUUCAAUGGAGAGGAGAUUUGAAGAAGCUACGAAGAUUUUGUUUGAUAUGUUGGGUAAUUCUAUGGCUCCUGAUUUGUUAACUUAUAAAACACUCUUAGAAGGAUUGUCCAGGGAAGGAAAGUGCAAUGAUGCUUUUGAACUUCUUGAAGAUUUGAGGAAGAAGGAUGCUUGGAUGGGAGAGAAGACUUACAAGACCUUGGUGAAAGGGUUGCAUUUUUUGAGUCAGGAGUAGAUGUAUUACACUUCAUUCUUCCGCUCACUUUUGUAUGUUGAGUGGUUAAGGUACUGACUGAUGUUAACCACAGACAGUAGUGCAGAUUCAGAAUGGCAGUUCUGUUAUUGUUCACGAUUUUGAUACCAUUUGAUUCGAUUUGUUUGAUUAGAAAGGAAAAAGGACAUUGCCUCUCCCCUCGGAGCCCUAAGCAGUCUGCCUGUGAGAUUAUAUAAGGGCUGUUUGAUUGAUUGUACAGCUUCACCUUCUCUGAAAUCAUUGGGGAAUUGGAGCAAUGGGGGAUGCCAGGAAAAGGUAUCCAUCGCUUCCAUCCAACUAUAUCUCAAUCAUUCAACUGAAGGAGCGCUGGAUGAGAGAACAAGAGCAACAGCAGAACAAGGAGCAAGAACAAAAGGGGGACUUACAUAAACCUAGAGAAGAGAAAGAGGGGAUCCAAAACACAACUGCUUCUAGAUUUAUGGCUCCGCCUCAGUUCCGCCCAAAAUGGAACAAAUAUCACUGGGUGGUCAAGGUAAGCUCCCAGAAGCCAGAAGGUUCAGAACUCCAAAAGGGUCACAGAGAGAUCAAGGUGAGUGCUCAGAAGCAGGAGUUGAAGAUCAAGGAAGACCUUAGGAGGGUCGAGGCAUGGAAGAAGCCAAGUGCAGAGGAGGAACUGGCUGGAGGUACAGUCCAGCAAGUAUCGAGAAAUGGAAAUGAAGAGAAAUUUCGAGGUAGGGUGAAUCAGAUGGCUGGGAUGUGCCAGAGAAUGGAGAAACUCUCAAUAAAGCCUGAGAAAGUAGGAGGAUCAGCAUCCACUGAUGUGAGUGGUCAUCGGUGGAAUCCAGCAUUUUCUCGAAGUUUCAGUCGCCAGAAGGCAACUGGUGCUGGCCUCGUUUGGGUCAGAAAAGGAGACAGCUCAGGUGGUUCUGGCAGCCAGAGUUAAAGUUACUUGAAUGGCUAUUGCAUUUUCUGUCCUUCUGUAAACCUUUAGCAUCUGCUUAACCUUAUGAAUGUCAUAUGAUUGUGAAAUACUCUGGGUUUAAGUUUACUUUCUGCAUUUCUGUGCUCCUGCAAUAGCUUUGUCCUGCAGUUUACCAUAUAAAUGUUGUGUUAUUGAGAAAAA